CGUCGACAUUCACGCGCGCGAUCUCUCCGUUCUGUCUGUAACUAUGGAUGGCGGAAGGGACAUUGAGAUGGGAAAACUUGGUGAAGGUGGUGGAGCCAAAAUGGGGGCAGACGCCAUUGAUGGGCGACGGAGUACAAAGAGUGAGUAUGCUUCGAAGAAAAGCGUUGCCGAAGGAAUGAUGGAUAUCGCUCUGCUCACUGCAAAUGCCAAUCAGUUGCGUUUUCUUAUCACCUACAACACCGAAUCACGCACAUUCUACAUUAUGCUUGGGCUCCUUAUAACAUCUCUCGCACUCCAAAUUGCCGUUGGGAUUGCACUAAUUUUUAAGCGCCAAAUGAAAAUCAAAGGGAGGAAAAAUCAAGCGAAUCACAUGAAUGAUUACAUAGUCGGUGGUAUAUUUUUGGUCACUGUAAUUAAUGUGUUGGCGGCCUCUUUCACCAUCACCGAAAAAACUAAUUAAAUGUAAUGGUUGCAAUGAGGAUUUUUCAGCUUUUUUUUUACAAAAAAAGAGAGCACAAAGUAUUGCAACAUCAAUGGACUUUUUUUAUAUUUAAUUUUGUCACACUGAAUUGUGAAAAAAUCUCUCCCUAAAAAAAUGUAAAAAAAAAUAAAAUGAAUUUUACGAUAA